AUGUUCCAGUGCCCACGCCGCAGGCGGCGUCCCGCGACGCCGCCCCUGCGGGCGGCCUGCGCGGAGCUGGCGGCCCCACCUCCCCCAGCAGUGCCCGGAAGGGCAGCGGCUGUUGCGGCGCCGCGCGGAGAAGUCCCACGGGCGCAGCACGCCAGAUGCGCGAGCCGUGUGGCCGUGCGCGGCGCACCGCCAGAGGAGGCGCCGCAGGCGGCUUCGGCGGCGUCGGCGGCAGCGAAGUGGUCGCGGGGAGGGCAGGCUCACAAUGGCAGCUGCGCCGGCCGCUGCGAAACCUCACUCCUUCGUGCUGGCCCAGCGCGUCCCCAGCAGCCAGCAGGCAGCUGCCUCAGUUUCUCACGUCCUGUGCACGCGUGGGCGCGCACCCACAGGGCUGGCUCCUUGUCCGCGCAGCAGCCUGCCAGGAGGACGGUCUGGGCCUACUAG